AUGAAUGAUGUUAGACGUCAGUCACUGUUUUUCAGCAGUCUGCCUGACCUGCAGAAGUUGUAUGCUGUGAAGAUUACAUUGAGUUCUCAACUGGCAGCAACUGAAAUUAGAACAGAACAAUGGAAGAUGUGCAAGCAACUCCUGCUGCUGUGUCAAAGUAUCAUUUCUUCGCCUGUUCCUGGAACACUGAAUCAAAUUUCAGUUAUUAUGACGAUAUCCUUUUACAAAUCAGGAACAUUUCAAACUUACAUAGAUAAACAUGGAGCUACAGUAGGAAUGCCAGAAAGAGUUACCCCAACUGUCUUUCAAGUCUGCCUUUCUUAUACUCUUAGAGCCAAACUUGCCCCUAACUGGAACCAAGCAGGUCACUUGUUGAUACAAGGGAGAGAUUUUUUGUCACAGAUGGGAAAGCAAAAUGCAGUUGUUGUGGAUAUCAGUGUAUCAGAAACUCAAAUUUGCAUCAGUGUGGAAAUGUGCAGGAUAUCUUUACCACCACCUGAGCUUGAAGAUUUUGAUAUUUCAACAAACAUCAUAAAGAACUUUAACAAUGAUACUACUGCAGUCAUUUCAGAAUAUUCUAUUUUAAGUAAUUGGUGUUAUGUUUUACCAAGUAUGAAAAUGGGUCAGAUAAUGAGUAUCAGUCAUUUAAUUCCACCUGAUUCUCCAUUUCAUUCAUACAGUGAUUUACAGUUACAUUGGGAAAAUCUGUAUGGCUACCUUCUGCCAGAGGAUUCACAGACGUAUUUCAGCAUUUAUUUCAAACUAAUAGGAGAACAAUUCUUUACAUAUCCUUCCAGUUGCAUCAGAAGUCAACCCAUACAGUACUUUCCUAGAGCAGAUUUAGAAGCUAUUUUAGAUUCUUUUGUUACUGAUCUGAACACUGUCAUUCCUCAUAUAUGUGGAUUUCCUUUUAAGGUGACACAGAAAUCAAUGUAUACUACAAACAAUUUUAUACCAGCAUCUGUUCAGAAAGUAAACUCUAAACCAGCCAACAUUACUCUAGGAAGGAACUGCAAGAUACCUUUGAAUCAAGUAGUUCCAAAAAAAGGUAUUUCAAUUUAAGCAUGUACUAUAAAUAAUAGCCACACGGUGGAGCUUAAAGUCAACCAUCUGAAAACUGAUACUUUCUUUAAAUACUAUAUACUUGCAGAUGAUGAGUAUGCUGGAGUAGGAAACAAAAACAAUAUUGGACAACAGUGGAAAACAUCAGAAAAUUCUGGUUUAACAUUGAAAUCAAAUGACGUCAAGAGGAUCAUACCCAUUUUCAAAGGAAAGUUAUUGCAAACGGAUAGGCAGUUCACUAAAAGAAUCAAUGAAAAAAAAACAAAAAAUGUUUCAAAAGAUUUACCAAAACUAGUAACAGAUCAUGCAAUUGCUGAAUCAGUUGUAUUCAGCCCAAAUGCUGAUCAGAUUAACAAAUCACUAUCUGAUGCAUCAUUUCAAAAUGUUACAAAUAAAAGUGUUUCUCAGAAGAUGAGAAAAAAUAUUAGAGCUAACAAAUUUCUAUUAAAAGAAGAAAAUAAAGAUGUUGGUUAUCUGUUAAACUUCCCUUUACCUAGUGGAACAGUUUUAACCGAACAUUCCAGUAAAACCAAAGCUACAAAGCUACACUUUUCUUUGAUAUCUGCUGAUAGCCAAUCAAAGCAUCAUACAGCAAGCAUCUGUCAGCUUUUAAAUAAACCUGCACAUCUCGGUGCAGGUCAGAAUCUUCUGAAGUCGAAGAAAACUGAUGAAAUAGCUGAAGGAGCUCUCAGAGUAUUUCAGAAUCAGAUACAAAAUCCAAUGAACGAAACAAAAACAAAUGCUUACAGAUUAACCAGUUCAGGAUUUGAAGGGCUGACAAUAGCCAAUAAAUCCAAAAGAAAAAGAGAUUGGAAAGAAUCAGUGUCCUAUCAAGGCAUCACUAGGACCUCAAGACCUCAUCUGCAGGUAUAG